GCUCCUCGUCUCUGCUGUUUAGUGCGUCGAGCGGCGGAGCUGGAAGUGGAGUCUGCGCGUCUUGUUGUGCGUCCGUGGACCAAGCAGCAGCAGCAGCAGCAGUGAGCGGUGCGCUUUUCCUCAUCCAGAGCCGCGGGCAUCCCGGGGAGCGGCGCGACCGUGCGCAACAGCAGGAGGCUUCUUUAUUCAUUCAUUUUGAAUCCCCUCGUUCUUCACUCUUAUUCUGACUGACUGAGACAGACAUAUUUCGCUUUUCCCUGAUGGUAACCAACACUGAGCGGCCGGAGACAUGUGGACUAAUCUGGGGAAACUGCACCGCGUCUCGCUAGUGUGUCUCCUCCUGACGCUGUGGGUCGAGGUGUCUGAGUCCACCGGUUACUUCGAGCUGCAGUUGGUUUCGUUGAAGAACCCCAAAGGUCAGCUCCUGAGCGGCGACUGCUGCGACUCGGACAAGAGCGCGGCGGAGGGCCACUGCGGCGCGGACGAGUGCGACACCUACUUCAGAGUGUGUUUAAAGGAAUACCAAGCAGAGGUCACGACCGGCGGACCGUGCACCUACGGCUCGGAAACUACCAAGGUUUUAGGUGGGAAUACUUUUCAGUUCAAGAGCGGACAGAAAAGCGGACAGAACCGGAACCAUGACGCCGGGAAAAUCAUCAUCCCCUUCCAGUUUGCGUGGCCGCGAGCGUACACUGUGAUAGUGGAGGCGUGGGACUGGGACAACGGCACACACAGCAACGGUGAUGAACUGCUGAUCGAGCGCAGCAUCUACAAAGGGAUGAGUAACCCCGGGGAGGAGAAGCACCCGGUCGAGUAUAAAAGCUUGAUCGCCAGCAUCGAGUACACCGUCCGUGUGCGCUGCGACGAAAAUUACUACGGCACCAAAUGCAACAAAGUCUGCCGACCCCGUGACGACUACUUCGGGCAUUAUGUGUGCGACCAGUUCGGAAACCAGGAGUGCAUGGAGGGCUGGACGGGGCCGGACUGCAAAGCAGCCAUCUGCAAACAGGGAUGCAGCCCGUACCACGGGACGUGCAGCACGCCGGGGGAAUGCAACUGUAACUUCGGCUGGCAGGGUCUGCUCUGUGACAAGUGCGUCCCGUACCCCGGCUGCGUUCACGGCACCUGCAACGAGCCCUGGCAGUGCAAGUGUGAGAAGAACUGGGGCGGCCUGCUGUGUGACAAAGAUCUGAACUACUGCGGCACCAACCGGCCCUGCAAGAACGGAGGGACGUGCAUGAACACGCAGCCGGACGAAUACGACUGCGCCUGUCCAGACGGCUACUCCGGGAAGAACUGUGAGAUCGCGGAGCACGCCUGUGUGUCCAACCCCUGCGCCAACGGGGGGACGUGCCAUGAGGUCCUGUCGGGCUUCGAGUGUCACUGUCCUGCUGGAUGGUCUGGACCGACCUGCGCUAAAGACACGGACGAAUGUGCGUCCAGCCCCUGCGCUCGGGGCGGGACCUGCAUCGACAUGGAGAACGGCUUCGAAUGCAUCUGCCCCCCAGAGUGGACAGGAAAGACCUGCAAGAUAGACGUUAAUGAGUGCGCGGCGAGGCCGUGCGUCAAUGCUUACUCUUGCAAAAACUUGAUUGGUGGAUAUUACUGUCCCUGCUUUCGUGGAUGGGUGGGCCCAAACUGUGACACCAAUGUGAACAGCUGCCACGGACAGUGUCAGAACGGAGGGACAUGCAAGGAGGUGGCCCGAGGCUACCAGUGCGUCUGCCAGCCGGGUUUCGUGGGUCGACACUGCGAGGUUCAGAGGAACCGCUGUGCCAGCAGCCCGUGCAAGAACGGCGGCCGCUGCCACGCCCUGCUGGACGGCUUCAUGUGUGAAUGCCUGCGGGGCUUCACGGGUACAACAUGUGAGGUGCAGAGCAACCCAUGCAACCCGAACCCAUGUCACAACAAGGCCCAGUGCCACAGCCUGACGGGUGACUUCUACUGCAGCUGCCCCGACGAAUACGAGGGCAAAACCUGUUCGGAGCUCAAGGACCACUGCAAAACCAACCAGUGUCAAGUGAUUGACAGCUGCACCGUCGCCGUGGCGUCCAACGACACCCAGAAGCGGGUGUGGCACAUCUCGUCCAACGUGUGCGGACCUCACGGCCGCUGCAUCAGCCUCCCCGCCGGGAACUUCAGCUGCUCCUGUGAACCAGGAUUCACUGGCACCUACUGUCAUGAGAACAUCAACGACUGUGCAUCGUCCCCCUGCAAAAACGGAGGCACUUGCAUCGACGGGAUCAACUCCUUCCAGUGUUUCUGCCCUGACGGGUGGGAGGGAAACCUGUGCGAUGCAGAUGUGAACGAGUGCAGCAGGAACCCGUGUCAGAACGGAGGCCACUGCGUCGACCUGCUCAACGACUUCUACUGCAACUGUGUCGACAGCUGGAAGGGAAAAACCUGCCACUCACGUGAGAGUCAGUGCGACGCCACCACCUGCCGCAACGGAGGGACGUGUUUCGACCACGGGGACUCCUUCCUCUGCAGCUGCCCCUCGGGCUGGGGGGGACGCACCUGCAACACAGCCAAGAACAGCACCUGCGACUCAGGCCCGUGUGAGAACGGAGGGACGUGCGUCGGAGGAGGAGGAGACGCCUUCACCUGCAUCUGCAAGGACGGAUGGGAGGGGCCCACGUGUGCACGGAAUGUUGAUGACUGUAAUCCACAUCCCUGCUACAACGGGGGCCUCUGCGUCGACGGCGUGAACUGGUUCCGUUGUGAGUGCGCCCCAGGAUUCGCUGGACCGGACUGUCGCAUCAACAUAGACGAGUGUCAGUCGUCUCCAUGCGCCGAGGGUUCGACCUGCAUCGACGAGAUCAACGGCUACCGCUGCGCUUGUCCUCCGGGACACGCCGGACCUCGCUGUCAAGAGUUCAUCGGUCUGGGGAAGUCGUGCCGUCACGCCGGCCUCCAGUUCCCUCACGGCAGCCGCUGGGACGAGGAGUGUAACUCCUGCCAGUGUGUCAACGGCAACGUUCGCUGUUCCAAGGUGAGGUGUGGUCGUCGGCCCUGCAUCCUCCCGAAGGCCCUCUCUCCUCCAGACUCCAGCCCUCCGUCCUGCCCCGGGGGCCAUGAGUGUGUGCAGCAUCAGUUCCUCACCUGCUUCUCGCCGCCGUGUCAUCACUGGGGCGUGUGCUCCACGCCCGACCCCCCCACGCCCCUGCACACCCAGUGUGAGCCCAACAGCGGUUACCUCGACAACAGCUGCGCCCACAUCACGCUCAUCUUCAAAAAGGACAAAGUGCCGCAGGGGACGACGGUGGAGAACAUCUGCUCGGAGCUGAGGUACCUCCCCGUGACCCGGACGCUGGCCGAGGACCGGGCGCUGCUCUUCCUCUGCGACCUGUCCUUCUCCACCAGCGAUGCUGUGGAGGUCGCCAUGUCCUUUGAGGAGGACGGCCGGUCCAAGGAGGGCGAGUGUGGACAGAUCCAGAAGGCGGCGAGCGCCAUCACCGGGGCCCUGUCCAAGCGCCACAACAGCACCGCGCUCCUCGCUGUGGUGGAGGUCAAGGUGGAGGUGCUGGUGGAGUGUCCCCCCAUGGGCUACCUGGUCCCCGUGCUGUGCGUGGUCUUCAGCGUCCUCUGGAUCUUCUGCAUCAUCGUCUGCGUCUGGUGGACGCGCAAGAGGAAGAAAGAGCGCGAGAGAGCGUCCCGGUCCGAGGACACGACGGUCAACAACCAGCUGGAGCCGCUGCGGAGCAACGCCCUCAAAGACAACCGGGACAAGGACAUUCAGUACGAAUGCAAGAAGCUGAUGGGCCCCUCCGACAGGACGUGCGACGGGGCCGAGGGCGAGGAGGACGGGGAGCGCGACGAGGACGAGGAGAGGGCGCUCGGGGACAAGCGUCCAGCUCCCAAGUGCUCCUCCGCGGUGGGGGAGCAGGACAGGAGGAUGGUGGGAAAAGGACGGGUCAUCUGCACGGCGCGUAGCGGCCCCGUGAAGGCGCCGCACCGGACGGCGUACAGCCCCAAAGACAACCGCUGUAAAAACCUGAACGCCGCCAAGCUCAGCGAGGACGUUAAAGACCAGUAUGUGUGAGGAGGACGAGGACGAGGACGAGGAGGAGGAGGAGGAGGAGGAAACUGCGAUGUCUUCAACGUCACUGACUUUUCAACUCUUAAAAAAGCACCAAAAGUGAAGAUUACAGAUGCUUUAAUUUUUGUAUUUUUUUUUUUUCGUUUUGUCACAAAUUAUUUAACUUGGUCGUCGUCCGGCUGCACGGAGCCUUCCCCCCCCCCCACCCCCCCACCACAAAACAGAAAGACAACAAGACUGGAAGAUAAACUCCUCUCAUUCUGGUUUGUGGAUUUCGGCUGAAUCGCCUCCAAGAAUGUUUCAAACUUUCUAAUUAUUUUUAUUUCUUCCUGUUUACAGUUUGCUUCAUGAAAACUUAACGCUCCGUCUUUUUUUUUUUCCUUCUCUUCAACCUUGGGAGGUUUUAAGCUGGCAGCUGUUCAUCGCUCCUCUCUACUGCCUUAGCCCAGACCCCGGGGCCUUUUCUACACCGUCUACGAACCACGUUUUUAUUUAAAAUAGAAAAAAAAAAAAAAAAGAAAAAAAACUUUAAAAAAAAAAACAUAAAAUAAAACCAGUUUUAUAUUUACACGUGUUUGAAAGAGAAUCUGCUGUAUGACGCCUGGCAUGACAACUUUUCUUGUUUACAUUUGUUGUCUUUUUUUUUUUUUUUUUUUUAAUAAUUGUCGCCGCCUCCUUUUCCUGCGAGUCUAUGUGAUGAUUUUCAGUAUUUGCUUUGGUAGAAAAGUGCCUUCAGUCCUGGUUUCGAUCCUUUUCUCUCCUCCUGUCGAGUCUAAACGCGUUUAAAGGGAAAGAAGAAGAAGAAGAUCUCAGCUGUUCGUGUCACAGUAAAGGCUCGUUUCUUUUUGCAAUGUACAUAAAUGUAAAUAGGAUCAAAUGGCUGUGUAUAUUUGAGUUUAGUAACUUAAGUGACGCUUUGUAUGAUAGUUAUUCUAAAGAAUAAGACAGUUUUGCGUGUUUUUAUUUUAUUUUUUUUAAAGAUGUCAUUCCGUUGAUUCGUGUCUGUUUGACGCAGGUUUUUCUAACGUGUCCAGACUGUGUCCUGCUGAAACGUUUGGGUUGAGAAAAAGAGAAAACUAUUUUCUGAUGAUUAUUUGUUGCAGCUGUCCAGCAGACACACACACACGCGCAGAGUUUGGAAAAACUUCACCAGAGAAAUCUGAUUCAUUUCUUUUUUUUUCUGUGAACAGAAAAUUAAAGCCACAAAUCUCCCCCUUUAACAGAAUCUUGACUGAUGUUUGAGGUUUGAGCAGCUACAAAUCUAAACCAAAUGAGUCCUUCAGGUUUUGAAGCGUCUCGGCUCAGGUCGUCUGCAGACGUCCUGACGUCCAGCGUCUUUCUGCUCGAUGAAAACGAAGCUGAACCUGUCAGCGCCGCUGCUUCGCUGAGAGUCUUUGCUUUGGCUUCACAUCAGACGGCGGCGUGAAGCGGCCGCGCUGUCAACAGCCAAGGUGAAGCAUUGUGGAAAGUGGAAUACUGCACAUGCUCCGCUCUUCGUUUUAUUUCAGGCCUCUAGUUACCCACAUGUGUGUAACUACAGCUGCACAACAUCCUAGUUCUUUUUUUUUGUUUUUUUGUAAAAUGCCAGAAAGCACACUUCUCCUUUUUAUUUUCAUUUGUUCUCUGGCGGGACGUCUCCUACGAGCACUGAUGCAGCCCAUCACUAGUUUCACUACACACUUAACGGGUCACAGGGUCCAAGUAACUGUAAAACACAAAAUCAUUUAAAAAAAGUAAAAAAUAAGAAGCUGCCGCCACUCGUUAACAGCAGAGACGACGCGCAGCAGCAGAACGGCUGAAGUGGCCUUUAGCAAGACGCUGAACCCUCAUCACAGACAGGUGUGUGUCCUGCAAUCCCGUCACCUGGUCUAAGCCCCGCCUCUCCCUGUGUUUGUGUCCUGGUCUAAUGAAGGGAACAAGUUGUGUUGUUGUUGAUGUUGUCGACCGUCUGUUUCUGCACUAAGAACACACAGGAAGAGAGAGACGUUGAGCAUCGCCUCCACACCGGGAAAAUAAAUUCACGAUAAAAUAAAAUAACACGUCAUUAUUUGUGGAUGAUUUUCUUUGUCCUUUUUUUUUUUUUUUUUUUAAAUGCUAAUUGUGGGGAAAAAUAACAGCUUCAUUUUCUGUCAGUAAAUUUGACUUUGUGUUACCGUGGCCUCAGUAAGAGGUUAAAGAAUGUGCAGAACAUUAAUGUAAUUAUUUUGUACAAAUUUGGUAAAAGUCUUUGGUUUGUUAGUGGAAUUUUAUUUGUUUGUUCUUAGAACAAUCCUAUUAUUUAUUAAAGUAUUUUAUACCAAA